AUGAACACGCCAUUAAGGUGUGUUCGGUCUAACGUUUUUUCUCAUUCCAAACUUUUUAUCAUUUCAUUUUUUCAGGAAUCCUGGUGCUAAACUUGCAAUAUUGAGCACAGAAGAGUGUCGGUAUGAUCCAGUGGUGGGAAAGAGUUACAACGGUCAGUUUUCCGAAUAAAAAUAUUAUUUUUUGAACCGUAGGUUCGAAAAUGUUUGAAAAAAGAUUUUUCCGACUGAAACAGUACAAAAAAUGGAAAGACUAAUAGAAUAGUGUUCCCAAUUCAGGGGCGCGACCUAGUCAGUGUUGUAUUUGAUCAGAGGUCCAAAGAUAAACAAUCAUUGACGCAGCUUUUUUUUUAGCCUUUUCUGGUGCGUUUCAUAAUUUUUCAGAUUAUUACAUAACUCUAAUGGAUUCAUAUUGUUUCACGAGUGUGAUAAAGUGAGACUGAGAGCUUUCAGCUUCAAAAGUUGAAAAGUUUUAAAUUUCAAGUUUGUUUCUCAUCUUGAAGAAAAAAGUUGCUUUUCCCCACUAAAAUUAAUUUUUUUUUUUCAGAUCAACGCAGAUGGUUCCUCUCCACCUUGCACUCGCGGUUAAGUAAGGGUUCUUUUUCAAAAAAAACAACUUGAGAAAAAGGUUUUUCUCAUUGAAAAGACCGUAAAAGCGCGACUCGAGAGCUUUCACUUACGCUCUUGACGUAGUUAAGUGCGGCUCCACACACUUUGAGCCCAUUUUUGGUUCAUUUGACCGUUAGCUUCAUUUUGAUUAGUUUUUUUACCUGUUAAAAAAUGAUGAGCUCGGUGUCUCGAUUAGUUUUAGGUUUAUUUAUGUUUUUUCAUUUAAUACGUAGUCAAAAAUGGAUCCUCACUUUUGCAUAGUUCAGCAGAAAAAAAUGGCUGAAUUAUUGUUGUAUUUUUGCAGUCUUUAUUGACUUAUACGGUUUUUUUUGUUUAAAGUUCGACAUUAUCUUCCUAAACAAUUUUUUUAAUUUCAAGGUUCUUCCUUUUAAGAGACCAGAACCAUAAGAAGUAGUUUUUUUUACGCUGGUUAUGAAAUUGGAAAUCAUGAGUCGCUCUUGAAGUCCCUGAGAAUAUUUAUGGUCUUCAAAAAUAUUUUUUUGUAUUUUUUUGGUUUAAGUUUGAGCAUAAUUUUUACGUUUCUUCUGUGAAUAUCAAGCUCGGUCAUCACAAUUACCAUCUUCACUUCUUCUCUCGGGAAAACCGUGAAAAUUCGCGUUUCGGGUUGAAAAGAGCCGCGACGCGGACAUGUUUGUGCAUUUGUGGGUCCCUUUCUCGCCCGAGGCGCUUUUUCGAUUGAAACGAAAGCCUUUGGAUCGUUUUUUUUUCCGUCUUUUCGCACCUCGGCCAACCAUUUUUUGCUCGUCUCAGCCUCUACCUUUCGCAGCUUCCCUCAGAACUCUUUCGUCGGUUUCUUGGACUGUCUGCUCCUUCUUUGGAUUGAGAUACUUUUGUUUUUGUUUUGUUUCAAGUUGAUAUUUGACUCAGCUCAAAAACUGCUUUUUUUUACUGAAUAUAUUUUAUUUCGUUAUUCAUAUUCAUCUACUUUCAAGAAGUUUAAACUUCUUUUUCAAAAAUUAUAGACAUAUAUUCCUUUUUUUUCGAAGAUUCUUAAUUAGUUAAGUUUCCACUCAAAAUUGACCAUUUCAAACCGUCUGCUCUCUUCCUAAUUCUCCGUACUAUUUGAUUGUUUUCCCGAAGCUCUAUUCAGUAGCAGGUUUUCCAGAUUUUGGUAUCUGGUUAAUGAAGAAAUUAUAGCGGAGUAUGAAAAAAAAAUUGGGCUCACAAAGAUGAAUCGAGAAGUCGAUACAAAUAGAUACCGGGUAGCAACUUUUAAAAAAGUCAAUCGGCGUAUGGUAAUCGGUGGUUGUUUGUAUGCGACCGGGUACCAUCUCUAUGGUACCUGGGUCAGAGGUCGAUGCAAGUAGCUACCGGGUAGCUACCUGACAUUCGCGAUUUCUUUCGGAAAGUCUGGAAUUGCUUCCCGGGUCGUUAUUUUUUGUUUCAGCUUUAUUCAAUAAGACCCUAGAAGGCUUGGGAAGUUGUAAAAAACACUGAUGGUAUAUAAACGACCGACGUGCCAGCCAGUGGCAAUCGCGAAUUUCAGGUACAUACCCGGUAGCAUUCAGAUACCGAUCAGGUACUAUCCAGGUACCAUAGAGAUUGUACCCGGUCGCAUACAAAUGACCACCGAUUACGAUUCGCCGAUUCACUUGAGUUGCUACCCGGUACAUACUUGUAUCUACCUCUCGAUUCACCAGUGUAAGAAAUCGCUUCAAAAAUAAGUUUUUUAGAUUUGAAAAUUGGCGGGUUUCAACAGAAUAUCUGGAAUAUUUUUUUCUUGGCUUUUUUCGAGUCUACUUUCAACAAUCUCAACUUUCAAAUAUUUUUUGAUUACUAGAAACUCUGAUUCUCUGGUUUUUUUCAUCACUAGUAGCAUUUUUUCCAUCAAUGUUCAUAAGUUUGUUUCCAACUUGUUUGGGCCAGUUUGUAGAUUUUUCAAGCUUCAAACCGUCCGAUUUAGGCUCUAUAACAUUUUUUCUAUUUUUGUUAUCAUUCCGUAGGUUCUGCUUUUUUAUGAAAUCUUUCCUUGUUCUCUAUUUUUAAGAUCUAAUUUGUGCUGAAUUGCAUUCAACUUGUCCUCUCAUAAAAUUCAUUCGUCAUUUUUGAAUCAUCCAAGCUUCUCCUAGUAGUGAUCCAUGACGUCGUAAAACGGAAUAUCGAGAAUGAUAAGAGCAGAUGCUUUAUUGGACUAGGCGAUCCUGAAGAUUUUCGCGCUUAUCACAUAACAAAUAAAUAUAGUGAUAACGAACUUUGGUAUACAAUGUGGCUUCUUAAUUUUUGACAGAAAAAAAUCAGAUUAUUGAGAUUUUAGACGAGAAAAAAACGUGGAAAAAAACAUCAGAAAGCCACUGAGUUUGAGUGACAAUGAGUUGGAAUGUAAUUUAUAAAAUCUUUUUUUAUCAAUUUUAUUAAUUGGAAGGAGUUUUGCGAUUCGUAAUGGUUUUUCUAGAUACGAUUAUUAAAAUUUGUUAGAAUCUUCAUUAUGAAAAAUAAAAUUUGAGUAGAAAAAUCAUUUUCAGAUGCAAAUAUGGCAAAAAAAUCUGGACUCUAUUAAAUGCAGCGGUGAACGUGUUGCCUGGCGAUGAAAAUGGCAUCAUACAGGUAUAAAAAAACUUCAAGAAAAUAAGGAAAAAUGGCCGCAUUUUACAGAACUAUCAAGACGACGCUGCAAAUUUCACGCAGGGGACGAUUCUCAAUAGGACUGUCGAUAUUUUGUCCAAUUUUCUGAGUGAUGGUGAUUUUUUGACACGGUUGUAAUAGCAAAAAAAAAAUGAUUUUGUAGUUCGAAAAGAAAAAAAACCGCUUCUUUGGAUGAAAACAAUUCGUGUUUCUUUUGCUAAAAAUCGAGAUUAUUUUCCGGCUAUUUGGGUCUAAAACUUCAAAAAAUACUUUUGUUGGUACAAUUAAGCCUGAAAUAUUUUUUUGAAUGAUACAUUUUUAUUUUUCCCCAUUUUCAAAAAUGAAAAAUACUAGUUAAUUUUUUUAAUUAUCACAGUUUUUGAAAAAAAUACCCUAUUUUUCAAUAGUUUACUCUUCUUAUUUAUUUUUUUCAAGGAGCCGGAUAAGGUUCGUAUUUGAUGCUUGGAAACAUGGGGGAAAAAACUAACACCAACUUUUUGGAAAAAAAUAUUUCAAAAGGUUGAAAGUCCGAUUUUUAAACCUUUUUUCCAACUGGGAACUGAGCUGAAAUUGAGUUUUCUUUGGAUCUUGAAAAGUUGUUUACUGGGCUUUCCGGACCGGAAAUUCCCCCUAGAUAUCUCCUAUUUUGGCUGUUGAAGAUUGAAAAAAGGGCGGCGCUUCUUCUCUCUUAUCUUUCCCGGUAGACACGGCUAUUUAAGGUCCUGUGUUGUUUUGUGAAUGACCAGCUGGGCUUCAUGAAGUAUUUUGGGCUUUUUUCCGUCUUUUUGGCUUGUGAGUUUGAUGAUUUCAGCUUCGCUUAAUGGGUAAUGUUGAAAAGUAUCUUUUUUUUUCGAGAGAUCUGAAUGAAAUUAUGCAAGUUUAUAUGUUCCUUGCACUUUGGAAACUGAUUCCAAGAAGUUAUUUUCGUUGAAAAUCGUUCAAUUUUUCAACAUUCAUCACAGACUUUGGUGGAAUAUAGUCUUAUGAAAUUUCUGCUCUAACACUAAGAAUAACUGACGAGAUAAAUGCGAGCUCGGUGGCGGUACAUUGACUAACUCGCAAAAAUGUCGCUUUUUUCUAGGCGCGAUCCAGCAUUUCUCUCGGCGCGACCUCGCAUUUUUCACGGCGCCAUCUCGCAUUUAUCUUGCAUUUCGGAAAUUUUCAAAUUGCGAGAGAAAUGCGAGCUCGCGCCUAGAAAAAUGCGAGCUCGCGCCCAGAAAAAUGCGAGACCGGCGCGAGAAAAAAAGCGAGAUGUUUGCGAGCUCGUCAAUGUACCGCCAGUGUCUCGCGUUUAUCUCGGCAGUUAUUCUUAGUGAACUCUAUUUAACCGAAGAUUUUAUUUGGUUCAUGAAUUACAAGUGAGUUGUGAGAAUUCGAAAACGUGCAGAAGUUGAGAUUAGAAGCUUAAGGUAUUUGAUAUAACUUUCUUUGAAAUAUCUUUUAAAUCGCGGCUUCAUCGAAUUCUAGUUCAGAUAACAGCGUAACCGGCGACUUUGGAAGCGCCUCGUCAUGCCCAAAAGCAGCCAAAUACGGUACCGGACCACCAUCUUCAUGUUCCAAACCUCCGACGGAUCCGAACAAACGACCUCCAACUGCUUUGGAAGGAUGGCUCACCAAAGAAGUCUUCAAUGUUGGCAUAAAUCCAUAGACACUCGGAAAAAGGUCCGCAUUUUCCAGGAUCUGUUCCCGUUCGCCAACCUCGGCUGGGGUCCUAACGAAUGCUGGCCGUACUCCUACGAAGCCUUUGUCAUUGCCGCCCGGUAUUUCCCGAAUUUCGGAACAUCCAGUCCGAACACGGAGUACACACCGGAGGAAAACUACAAACGCGACUUGGCCGCCUUCUUCGCCCAUGCCGUUCAGGAGACCGGCGAGAACAACGCCGCUCUUUAUAGGUAUCCCUUUAGUGCUAAUAUGCGGAAUGAACAGGCAAAAUUUGAGACGAAAAUGCAGAAAAGAAAGUUAUUUAUUUACCUGUAUUUCUCACUUUAUGAUCUUGUCCGACAGUCCAAAGAGAUCAGAUCCACCCAGACAAUUUGAUCUUCUGAUCUGGAUGAUAUAAACCGGAUUUCAUUAUCAAAGUGGGCGGCCUCGAGGGGAGACCAGUGAAUCUAUCAAAGAUUUAGGAUGAUUUUUUUUAUUCUAACUAGCGAAAGAGAAACGGAUAGUUGAUCAGAACCGCGAUGAAUAAAGCAUAAACUUUUGAACUCAUGAAAAAAACUUGAAAAAAACACAAAAAAAUAGGAAUCAGGGCCCUCGGGUUGACGAUUCGUUCAACGCGUGUUGCUAGUCGGUUUAUAAUGCCAUCUACCAUUGCCGAAAGGGUUUUCGGUCUCUUCAAUGAUUUAUUGAAAUGAGAAAAACUGUAAAUUUGUAGUGUUUUCGAAAACAUCACGGCAGAGUUCCGUCAAAGUUUGUCUUUACGAAACUUCCAUCAAAAAGAAAAGUUCGUUAUCAGCUCGUUGCCAACGAAGCAAGAAGCCGACAACUGCUUCUACCGCGGAGGCUUCUACAAUUGGUUCGAAGGCGGUCCGACGAGUUCCUUCCUGGAUCAGAAAAAGCCUGGCUACCAGCCAAGUGAUGGCGAUUCCUGCGUUUCAGCUGGACUGUAGGAUUUUUCGGAAAACGUCCGAAAACAACGUCUUCUCUUCUAGAUACUGCUCCAAGGCGCCCCAAAUCGACUUCUUCUACAACUGUUCUGGCGGUUCCAGCGGAAAUGAUGCGGCUCCAUUCACCGGAUGUUAUUUCGGCCGCGGCGCUAUCCAAAUCUCCUACAACUACAACUACGGACAGUUCCAAGACUGGCUCAAAACCCAGAAUGUCACGGUGGACCUGCUGAAUAAUCCAAAUUUGGUAUCCAUCGGAUUGAAAAUUUUCAAGUCUGAUUUUUCCCUAGGUUAUGACGAAAAUGGACCCUCCAUUGGCGGUUAUGGCCUCGCUUUGGUUCUACAUGACCCCACAGCCGCCGAAACCUGCAAUGCACGAUAUCAUCAUGGGUUCGUUUUGAAAUCUGGAUAUGCGUAAAUGUGGUUUGAAAAAUAAAAACGAUUUGAAAAUGAGCCAAGGAAACUAUAUUUUUUUGUUUUUUUAUUCCUGAAAUGAAUUUGAUCCUUUCUUGAAAUUUCCCUCCCUGAAUCUUUGAAUUCAUUGAUGAAAUUGUUCAAAAUGAUGCCUUUUCAGGGCGGUCGGGCUACGGUAAUUUAAAAAGCUUUUUUGGUUAUAAAGGGAAAUCUAGUGACCUUUUUGAAGCUCAACUUCUCUUGUUACUUCGAAAAAAGUUCUAAUAAAUAAGUUGCGAAAAAAAAAGAAAGUUUUCUUGGUCCCGAAACAGACGACGCAAUAUUGACCGCCCGCCGUAGCACUGUCUUGAGCGCGGACAAGUGAUCUCUUCAGGGUCUUGGAACGGAGGUCCUGUAAAUACAGCCGCCGGUUAUACUGGCCCGAUUUUCGGCCCAACUUCUCUCAUUAUCAAUAAUGAGUGCAACGGCGAAGAUCCAACGGAUCCAGGAGGUGGAAAAUCGAGAAAAAAGAUUGAUGAAAUGAUUCGUCUAGGUCCUGGCGAAUCACGAAGAAUCAAGGCUUUCAAAUGGUUCUGCGGGUAUUUCGGAGUUCCAGUUGGUUUGGAGAACCUUUUGACGUGUAAUGGUAAUUGGGAACGAGAAAAAUUGAAUGAGAAUGAUCGAUUUUUCAAAGGAAUGCCGGUGAAACUGGACGCGAUCCAGUACAAUUACAGUUACCAGCCAGACUGGUCUUCAACGUGGAGAGAGCAGCCUUGCGACUGUGCUCCGGCUUCUUACGGAGGUGACUUUGAAUAAGAAAAUGGCUUAGCGAAACGUUCGAUAUCGAUUUUUGCUAUGAUGAUUAUAUGUUAAAUCAUCUCCAGUCCUAGACCCCAAUUUAAAAAAAACAAAUUCAAAUAAUCAAACAACUGAUCAAUGGUUUUUUUUAAAUGAACUUGUUAGAAAACUGGUUUGAUGAAAAAAAUUCUGUAAGCUGACUAAAAACUUUAAGUGGACACUUAAGGUAAUCAAACGUCGAGUUAUUCCUUUAAAGACUUUCGAAACUAAAAAAAAGCCUUUGCGAGGAUUAUUUCCAACUUUCAAUGUGUGGAAGAUUUUCACGUUCUACGUAGCUUUUUAGGACUCAUAAGGGCUUUUUUGAACUUUUUAAGAUUUAAGAAUCAAAAUAAAGCAGCCUUUCAAGGUUUCUAACUUUUUUGUAAAGUUUUUUUCAACAAGCAACUCCAUUUUUCUCAGGCCUAAUCUACUACUUUGAUCCAAACUUCUACCCGGCCGAAUUUUCUUCGCAAAACGACAAUUUGCGGCUGAAAUGCGUGGCGAGCAUCUACGCCAACCCCGAAAUGUACAGCAUGGACAAUUCCUCGUCCGCUUGUUUGAAUUUUUGA